AACUUCGAGGGCGAGGAGCUGGUGGAACUUUCCUUUUCCAAGAACGGAGAGGAUUUGGGAGCGGCUUUUCGGAUCGGGAAGGAAUCCCUGGCCUCCAGAGCCCUCCUGCCCCACGUCCUCUGCAAAAACUGCGCCGUGGAGCUCAACUUCGGCCAGAAGGAAGAGCCCUUCUUCCCCCCGCCCCGCGACUACGUCUUCAUCCACGCCGUCCCCGCGGAGGACCGCGUCCGCACCCCGCCCCCUCCCGCCCCCCUGCAGGUGCUGCUGAUGGUGGGAUUGCCGGGCUCGGGGAAAACCCAGUGGGCACAAAACCACACCCAGGAAAACCGGGAGAAGCGAUACAAUAUUUUGGGAACAGAAAGCGUCCUGCAUCAGAUGAGGACGAAGGGGCCCGGGGGGGGAGAACUGGACGCCAAGGGCGAGAGCAGAGACCUGUUAAUCCAACAAGCUGCUCAGUGCCUUAGCAAGCUGGUUCAGAUCGCUCCCAGAGCCAAAAGGAAUUUCAUUCUCGACCAGGUAAACUUGGGAAAAAUCCCUCAAAACGCCGGGAAGUUCCCGCCCGCCUCCCUCAUCCGUUUACCGUUCGUUAACGUUCGUUUUUUUGCCCUCCAGUGCAACGUCUACAAUUCGGGGCAGCGACGGAAGCUCCUCGCCUUCAAGGGGUUUUCCCGGAAGGUGGUGGUGAUCGUUCCUAACGAGGAAGACUGGAAGAAGAGGCUGGAGCUGCGGAAGGAAGCGGAAGGGGAGGACGUUCCCGAAUCGGUGAUGCUGGAAAUGAAAGCUAAUUACUCGCUGCCGGAGAAGAACGAUUACCUUGACGAGGUCAUUUACGGCGAGCUGACGAAGGAGGAGGCUCAACCUGGUCACCAAAUACAAGGAAGAGGCCAGAAAACUUCUCCCCCCCUCCGAGAAACG